AUGCCAGUAGAUAAUAUUGAUAUUGAAGAUGAUGUUGAAGUUGAAGCCGAAGUUGAGGUUGUGGAGAGGAAAUUCACAUCUGAUGUCACGGUCGGAGAUAAAUCCAACGCUCGGGCCAAUCAGACACCGGCCAAUGCAAAUGUGUUGCGGCCCCGGGUUGCUGUGUCAACAUCCAUACCAUUAGACAACGCGGACAACAAACAGCGCCUCGACAACAGCACAGGCGGGCGAUACCCGGUUGCCUGA